AUGGAUAAAUCUAUAUAUAAAAUUGCAGAAUAUUUUGAUUAUUGUAGAGAAAGGUUAAAUAUACAUGCAGUUGAAAGUGAUGGUACUGGCGGUACGUGGGGGAAUGUAUGUAAGGAAGAAUCUUAUAAAAAAAAAUUAAAAGAAUUAAUUGGCGAUAAUGGUGAUGAAGAAAAAAUAUGCAUCCAAGCUAUGCAAUACUUAGGUGAAGUAAAUGCUGCUGAGGUUGAUAGUUUAAAAGAAGCCGGAUGUAACUACCUGUAUUAUUGGAUAUAUGAUAAUAUUUUUAAAAAGGACAUAAGUAAGAAUGAAAAUAUAAAAAAAAUUUUUAUCGAAUUAAUUCGUAUAUUUAGAGAAAAAAUACCGGAUAAAGAUGAAAUAGGAGAACACAUAACCCAAAGCAAUGAGGUGCCAUUUGUAGUUGACGAUUUGCCAAAGGUUGAAGCCAUUUAUAAUAUAAAUAAAAAUGACAUAUAUAUAAAGAAUGCUUGUAGUUCAUAUAAAGACGAAGUUUUUUGUGAAGCAAUUAAAGGAUAUGUUGAAAAAUAUAACAUUAUAAUUAAAACUCAAGAUAGGUUAAUUCAUGAACCCAUUAAAAUUCAGACAAAUACAUCAUGCCAAUACCAUAUUGGAGUACCCAUCAUUAUUACACUUAUUAUAUCUUUGUUAACAUUAGUUUUUAUAUUUUUAUUGUAUAAGUUUACAAAAUUUGGUUCUUUUUUUCGUCGAACAAUAUUGCGUAAAGGAAAGAAUGGGAUAAUAUGGAUGAACAAAUAA